GCACGAUAUAUGAAGGGUGGAGUCAAUAAAAUAUGAGGUCGCGGCGCAUUCAUUUGAGCAUCACGCUGUACAGCAACCGUACAGAAUGGCAACACCAAAUCAUUCAGAGCUGGAUGUGGAGUUGGGGGAUUUACUGCAAGAGUUUAAUGAUGUCGUGAAGGAGUUGAGCACAUCUCACGUCAAUGAACACAUGUUUGUGAAGAGACCCACAGCACUGAAUGAUGCAGAAGAUUCAGAUUACAGCAGUGAGACCUCACUGGGAAACAGUUUGAAUGCUAGUGAAGAGGAGCUCAACAUCACAGGCAUGACCAAAGCACCAAAAGGCAUGCCCACAGACACCAGUGACCUACAGAGCUUCAUUGAAAAACUGGACAGAGAGCUUGCGGGUGUGAAAACACAUGAUCAACAUUUGAUAGCUUAAUGAUUAACACACAAAACUCUCUAGCCAGAAACAUUAGCUGUACGUGUGUUUUAAGUAUUAAAAGCAAAGUUACUGUUACGGUUUGUAAUUAAUGUAACUAAUAAACCGUAGAACAGCUAGGUAGAUUAUGGGAAAUGUGGCAUUUGGCAAAAUUGUGUCCUUCACCCUUUAACACACCAACACCAUGUGCUGUAACCUCAACACCACACCAGCUAGCAGUUUAACCUGUCAAACACAUUUAUAAAGAUUAUCAUAAAGAUGAUUUUUGACAAAUAUUCGCGGGAUGAUAUAAUGCUUUAUGCCAGUGGGAGGUCAGUGCUUUAACACAGCUUACUCUCGGCUUUCAAUAUGUAACCUCACUCCUUUGAACUGAUGUGUUUGACAGAAAUGUGACCUGACAGACGGAAGUGAUGCUAAACUUCCAGAGAGCUGGCGUUUCUCAAAUGGAUGAGUUUGAGACUCCUACAUGAAGAAAAUAAGGCUAACAUUGACCUGCGCUAUUUUUCAUGACUGUAUGAAGGAAUUUAUUUGUUAAAAUAUUUAUUUGAUGACAACACGAUUUUUAAUAUGAAGAACACAGUGCCAGUUGUUUUUAUAAAUAUAUCAAAUGUUUUAUGUUUAAUGUACGAUAUAUUUUUUCUGUAUAGGUUGUAUAGAUGUUUUUGCAAGUUUUUUGUUAUUCUUUUUUUCCCUUUCACACAACUUACUGUAAACUCUAAAUUCAAAUAAAAAAUUGUUCUUGCCAUCUCAAACACGUGAAGCAGUUCCAG